AUGAGCUGCGCUGCCAACGCUCCUGUCUCGGAGUGCAACAUCAAUUACGCUCUCCCCCCCACGGGAAAGGCCGUCGUGGAUUGGGUCAUUGGCGGCCUCUUUUGCUCCUUCUACACCGCCAUUGCAUACAACACCUUUCAGGCUUUCCGCCGAAAAUCAACACUCCGGCUUCCAUGGGUCAGCUUGCUCUUUUUCGCGGGCUUUCGAUGCGCCGGCUUCUUGAUGCGCGCCUGGGUCGAUGAUCAUCCGGUGCAGCAAGAUUCGUCGUUCAAACAAGCAAAGGAUUGGGUCACCCUCCUUACCGCUUCCUACUCGAUCAUUGCAGCCGGCACCACGUUCUUCCUCAUUUUCCUCGGUUCAGUGCUUGUCGCUUUUAGAAGGGCAUCUAGAGCUGCACAGCUCCUCGGCGAUCGCUCCUACGCUUGCACCUUCUCAAAAACCAGACACAUCGAAUCAGAUCUCGGCUCAAUCAAUCCUCAAGAUCUGGAUGAGCGAGAGUUUAGCAUUCGGCGAUGGGAAGAUCGAGCCAUGAUGGCAUUCCGCAUCUUUGUCGUCGCCGUUGCCGCUCUUAACAUUGUUGGCGCUCUCCGUCAGUUCGACUACUACUGGCUCAACUACGAUCAAGGUCUUGCUUUGAGAAAAGCUGGUGGCCUGAUUCAGAUCGUCACUGGUGCCCUGAUCCUGCUCGUACUUCUUUUCAUCUACUUCAAGUACAAUUCCCCCAAGGCGACAAGGCCUGCUUUCCUCCUCUUCUCCCUGAAUAUCCUCCCGCUCUACUGCAUCACACUCGUCUUCAACAUCCUCCGUGUCUUCCAGCCUCUAGAUGCCGAAAUCAACCAGAGCCCGGAUUUCACUUACUAUCUCCAGGUUCUCCCUGAUUGCCUAAACCUCUUCCUCCUCUUGAUCUUUAAUUACGAUCGUCUCUUGGAUUACAACGCAAUCAACUCUCGAUGA